CUAAAGGACAUUUCCAUUCUUAAGACGUGCUUGUUAGAAAGCUAUAUUGGCUGCUAUUAACAAUCUGUUUCUUAUAAAAUGGCAAUCGGGAAUAUGACAGGAGAUUUGUUACUUCGUUUAAUUUUUCAAGUUGUUCUGCUGUAUGAUGCUUUGGGUUGGGAAGUGAGAAUGCCAAAGGAAAUUCACGGUCUCAAAGGUUCCUGUCUGGUCAUACCAUGUUCUUUCAGCUACACAUCAUACCCACCUGAAAACCCAAACAGAAUUGUGUGGUAUCAGUACGUCUCUAGAGGUUAUCCUUUAGUUUACGAUCCACUGAAUCCAAAUGAUGUUAUUGAGAAAUUUAAAGGAUAUACUGAUUUAUAUGGAAACUCAAGUUGGGAUUGCAGUCUGCUGAUCAAAAACCUGAAACCAUCCCAUCACGGAGAGAAAUUGUACACAUGGAUUGACCCUGAAAAUGUUGGAAAGAGCACCUACGCAUUUUAUGAUGUCACUUCUACAAUUCUAGUUGAUGCAAGUCCACAGCAGCCCAGCAUCAAUAUUUAUGGAGGUGAAAGAACAGGUGAAACCAUCACAGUAGUAUGUUCAACUUUCCACACGUGUCCAUACAGCAAACCAACCAUCACUCUGAAUGGAAUAGAAGGAUCUGAUCAUAUAGACAAUGAGCUUUUUAAAAAUGGCUUGUGGAAAAUCACUCUGACACGCACAAGUGUUGUAAAGACAGAAGGCUCAACCAUUGAGUGUUCUGUAACAUAUCAUGGUGGCAUAACAGUGACAGUUACAAAAGACAAAAAUGCACAGUCCCGUGUCCAUAAAGAUGCAGACUCUGCAAGCAUUGGACUGAAGACUAUUGGGUUUUACAUUCUAGCUCCAUCACUUGUGUUUCUCCUCACUUGCGCAAUUACUGCAUUCAUCGUUUACAGGAAACGACAACGACAGCCUGUUAAUGAUAUGCAAGGGUCAUUAACACCGUUUGAGGAGAGGAGAUCACGUUGGAAUAGAUUUUCAAGGCACUUCAGUAGGUCUGAGGGAAGAGCAGGUUGGAGUAACAGGGAAAACAGGAGUAAAAUUAGAACCAAUACAUGUACGAUGACCGAAAACAAGCCUUUCUCCAAACCUCGUAUGCCGUCACCAAAGAGGUACAGUACAAGUGCAUUUGAACCACAUUUGUUACGCAGGAAAAUAUGAUUAUAUUCAAUCAUUAAUUUCAUCGUUUAUGUUUUUCUACCACUUCAAAAAUGAUAUAACAUAACAGUUGACAUAAUUAAGGCAGAUAUUUAUUUGAUUUAAAAAAGAAAAAUGUUUUUUUAUUAUAUUUCACCAUGCACUGCAGUGAGCCAAAGUCCUACUCAGUGAGUAUACAAUUAUUAAACAGUCAAAAACAUAUUCUGAUUUUAUGAUUUCAAAUGCUAUCAUGAAGUAUGUUAUUGGCUGACCUUUGCAUCCUUGUAUUUUAUUAAAAUAUAUUAAGGUAGAUGAUUCUGAUGCUGAAUACACCAACAUGGAUGAACUUAACAUGUAUGGAAACAUCUGAUGAUAAUGAACAACACAUAGUUCAAUACAGUGUUUUUAAAUUGUCAAUAUAAAUACAUACAUCAGAUUGAACACUUUCAGAAAUAAUCAGUCUGUUUUUCUUAGUCAUUAUGCUUGUACUGAGUUUGUUGUUGACUUGCAUUUAUUUCACAUCAAUAUUGUUAUCUCUGCUCUACUCUGCCAUUGCCAAUGUUUUCCAGCAUACCUGUGUGAGAAUAUAAACAUAAAUAAAGCAUUAAAACAGAUCAGUAUGUGUUUUCCAUUUUAGCACCUUGUUGAUUUAUUUGCACGAAUUGGAGGGACAUUCCCAUUCUAGACUACAGCAUUUGACGAAAAAAAAAAUCUGUACUGCAG